AUGGCGGACAAGGAGGCAACAGUGUUCAUCUUGGACCUUGGUGCCUCAAUGGCCCAGAAGCACUCAGGGCGCGAGGAAUCAGACCUGGACUGGGCCAUGUGUUACGUCUGGGACAAGAUUACCGAUAUUGUCGCGGCAAAUCGAAAGACUUUAUGCGUCGGUGUUGUUGGGCUAAGAACCGACGAAACAAACAACAGGCUGCAAGAUGGCGACGGAUACGAAAACAUUUCCGUUAUACAGGAGCUCAGCCAAAUUACCAUGUCGGGCUUGAGAGCGCUUAAGGCAUCAGUGAAGCCGAAUGAGACCAUGUCUGGCGACGCAGUUUCGGCCAUUGUGGUUGCCAUCGAUCUGAUUGGCACAUUUACAAAGAAGCUCAAGUGGAUAAGGAAUAUCGUGCUGGUCACAGAUGGCCAAGGCGAGAUGGAUGCAGACGACAUCGAAGACAUUGCCAAGAAAAUCAACGACUCAGGUAUCAAGCUAACCGUCUUGGGCGUGGAUUUUGACAACCCCGCAUAUGGCUUCAAGGAAGAGGACAAACCUCCAACCAAGGCAGCAAGUGAACAUACUCUAAAGGCUUUAAUAAAUCAAUGCGAAGGCGGAACAUUUGCCACAAUGGCCGAGGCAAUCGACGAGCUUGACACACCUCGAGUCAAAUCCGUGAAGCCGUACAAGACAUAUGACGGGGCACUCACCCUAGGUGACCCGGAAAAGUUUCCUGCAGCAAUGAACAUCAAUGUAGAACGAUAUUUCAAGACGCAUCUAGCUCGACCGCUUACAGCAAGCACCGUCGUGGUCAAAUCCGACCAGGCAACGCAGUCAACACAAACCUUGGAGGAUGAUCCUAUGGAUGGCAUUGAAUUUUCUGCUGUGAAGCAAGCUAGAACAUACAAGGUCAAUGACCCUGAUGCCCCUGGUGGAAAGCGUGAUGUUGAGUUUGAGUCCCUGGCCAAGGGUUACGAGUACGGCCGUACGGCAGUACACAUUAGCGAGUCAGAACACAACAUUACGAAGCUAGAAACAGAGAAAAGCUUUUCGAUCGUGGGGUUUAUUCCAUGGACCAAGUACGAGCCGUUCCUCAACAUGGGAGAAGUGUGUGUUACGCACGCAAGGAAAAACGACACCAAAUCCGAGCUGGCACUGUCAUCGCUUAUAUGGGCACUCCUUGAGCUCGAAUCAUAUGCAGUAGCACGCAUAGUAACCAAAGACGGCAAAGACCCGUUGUUGGUGCUUAUGGCACCCCAGCUUGAACUCGGAUUGGAAUGCUUCUACGAUAUCCCUUUACCGUUUGCUGAGGAUGUGCGAAGCUACCAGUUCCCACCUCUGGACAGAGUUAUUACGGUUAGUGGCCAGACGCUAAAAACACACCGUUUAUUACCUUCAGACGAGCUCGCAAAAGCAAUGAGUGACUACGUUGAUGCCAUGGACCUUGCCACGUACGGUCAGGAUGAAGAAGGGAACCCGGCCGAGUAUGCGUCGAUUGAUGAGACCUUCAACCCAGCUAUUCACAGAGUGAAUAAUGCCGUGAAAAUGCGAGCAGCACACCCCGAUAAACCCGUUCCCGAAACACCGGCAAUACCGCCGAAGGCAAAGGGCCGACGAGCUCGCGAGACCGUCAAGCCCAUAUCGGGCCUAGAUGUUGAUGCCCUGCUUGGCGAGGACACGAAGCGCACGGUUUCAGAAGAGAACCCUGUGCCGGAUUUCAAGCGAGCGUUGGGCACUGCCGACGAAAUGGAUCAGAUCGAAGAUGCGGCCAAACAAAUGGGCAACAUUGUGCGGUCUCUGAUAACAGACAGUUUUGGCGAUAGCAAGUACGCGCAGGCGACGGAGUGUCUCGGUGUGAUGAGAGAGGAGCUGAUCAACAUGGACGAGCCCGAAAUGUACAACACGUUUGCCCGGGACCUGAAAAAGGCUUUGCUUUCUGGUGCUCUUGGCGGCGACAGAAGAGACUUUUGGUUCAAAGUAAGGUGGUCAAGGUUGGGAUUAAUUGAUCAGGAUCAGUCUGAAGUAUCAAAGGUGACGCAUGAAGAAGCAGAAGAGGUAAGAGCGCACAUCGUCCUCCUCGAAUAA